AUGCAUGCUCCCCUUGCAUCCCUAACAUUUGCGUCUCUCGCUGCGGCAGCUCUGCCCGAAGGUGUAAUUGAGUUGCCGCUCCAGCGUAUAAAGAACCAGAGCGCCUAUGGAGCCGAGUUCUUGGUCGGCACUCCACCUCAAAAGGCAAUUAUCUCUGCCGAUACAGGCAGUCCAACUUAUGCUUUUGAGUCACCCAAAAACUCUGUAUGCCAGCGAGGACUUUGCUCGGAAUACGGCACUUACGACAACACGUCUUCUUCCACGACCAAGUGGUUAAAUGACGGGUACAAUGACUUGCUCAUUGACCAUGGUUUUGGCAGCUACAUCAAUGAUACUCUCACCUUUGGCGGCGUAACCGUAACCGACAUGAUGUUUGGAACAGUCGAACUAAACGCCGCCUCCUUUCCCAUCGACACCCAACAAACCGCCAUCUUUGGUCUCGGGGCUUUCUGCGACACCAAGGCCUGCGACACUUACCCGACGUUCCUCAACCAGCUUAAACAAAGGGGCGUCAUCUCUCGCCGUGCCUUUAGCGUCUAUCUGGGACCAAGCGAUGCCGAUGCCACAGGCUCGCUGCUCAUCGGAGGAAUCGAUCUUGCCAAGCGCCAGGGCCCCGUCUACAAAGUAAAGGUCGAAGAUCCAUCAAUUCCCGCGGCAAACUCGCAGCCAAACUUUGUCAGCCUCUCCAGCCUCGAACUGCAGCUCGCCAACGGCACCAAGCUGACAUCCACCUACGACAACGGCACAUACGCUCUCUGGGACACCGGCAAUCCUCACUGGUACGUCCAGCAGGACUUGUUUGACGCCCUCACCGACUACUGGGGCAUCCCCAACCCGGACCUCACCAAUGAUCCCGUUGUGGACUGCAAGUUUCGCGAACCGUCUAAAGACUCCAUUGCCGUGAAUAUCGCGCCGGGAGUCAGCCUCGACGUGCCACUGAGCUCUAUCCCCAUUGAUAUGGGAGACGGCACUUGCACAGUGCCUGUUUACCCCUAUGGCGAUGCUCUGGGCGACCCGUUUCUUCGCAACGUCUACUUCACAUUUGACUACGAGGACUUGACAAUUGAGUUUUCGCUUGUCAAGUACACUGACGAAACGAACAUUGUAAAGAUUGAAUAG